GCAUUUCUCAGCACAGUGUUCGUGGAUUUCCCCUUUACGCAUUAUAAUUUGUCAGUUUCUGCAUUUACAAUGAUUAUAUGAAGGCAGGUGUUAUCCUUUAUCGGGAUAAGUAUACAGGGUGGUGGCCACAACCUACGGUUCGCCGUAGGAGUCACCAAACUCGAAUAUCAAUGCAGGAAGUGUGAUCGAACAGUGUCAGACGAGUCAUCGAUAGUACGGAAAGACAAAAGUAUCGUCUGGGGAAACAUCGUACUACGCAUAUUAUGGACGUAUCUGACGAACUGGUUUGACAGUAGCCUAUUCUCAUAGGCUUCUGUGUACAUUGUGUUUAUUCUUUGGGAUAUAACCGUCCAAACCAGCCUCAAACCUCGCCUCAGUACUUUGUUUUGGUGGGUUUUUCUCGAGCAGAGGAAACAAAAUGGCGGAUGUAGAUCCAGAAACCUUGUUAGAAUGGCUACAGAUGGGCCAAGGAGACGAGAGAGAUAUGCAGCUUAUCGCACUAGAACAACUGUGUAUGCUGCUUCUGAUGUCGGAUAAUGUGGAUAGAUGUUUUGAAAGCUGCCCUCCACGCACUUUCCUACCAGCACUUUGCCGUAUCUUCCUGGAUGAGUGUGCCCCAGACAACGUCCUAGAAGUGACAGCCCGUGCCAUCACCUACUACUUGGAUGUCUCUGCUGAGUGCACCCGCAGAAUUGUGGCUGUAGAUGGCGCUAUCAAGGCUCUGUGCAACCGGCUGGUUGUUGCUGAGAUGUCUUCCCGUACGAGUAAGGACCUUGCAGAGCAGUGCAUCAAAGUCCUGGAGUUGAUCUGUACACGAGAGUCAGGUGCAGUGUUUGAGUCAGGAGGACUGAACUGUGUCCUGACCUUCAUCCGUGAGCAUGGCUCCCAGGUCCACAAGGACACCCUUCACUCUGCCAUGUCAGUGGUGUCACGGCUCUGUGGCAAAAUGGAACCGCAGGACACUUCACAGGAGACGUGUGUGGAGUCUUUAUCAACCCUGUUGGAGCAUGAUGACCAAUACGUUGCUGAUGGAGCACUCCGUUGCUUUGCUUCAUUGGCAGACAGAUUCACCCGACGUGGGAUCGACCCUGCCCCCCUUGCCAAACAUGGCUUGAUCCAGGAGCUGCUGCAACGCCUACACCGUGUGGGGGAGGCUGGACACAAUGUCUCUCUCACCAGUACUCCCGGUACAGCGAACAUGGCCACAGAGUCCAAGUCCAGUCCCAGUAUGUCCACUGUGAUAAGUCUCCUGUCUACAUUGUGUCGAGGAUCUCCUGUCAUCACCCAUGACUUGCUGCGCUCAGAAUUGCCUGAAGCAGUGGAAAGUGGGCUGAGAGGGGAUGAAAGAUGCUGCCUGGACACAAUGAGGUUGGUGGACCUGUUGCUGGUGCUGCUGUUUGAGGGAAGGAAGGCGCUGCCCAAGACUGGCGUGUGUAGCAUCACUAGUCGCCUGCCAGGGCUGAGACGCACAGACAGUGCAGGGGAGAGGUCACAUCGGCAGCUUAUUGACUGUAUACGCAGCAAAGACACGGAUGCUCUCAUAGAUGCUAUAGAUAAUGGUUUUGAAGUCAACUUUAUGGAUGAUGUUGGUCAGACUCUCCUCAACUGGGCCUCUGCAUUUGGAACCCAAGAAAUGGUGGAGUUCCUGUGUGAACGAGGAGCUGAUGUCAACCGAGGACUGCGGUCCUCAUCUCUCCACUAUGCUGCCUGUUUCGGCAGACCACAGAUUGUCAAAACACUAUUGCGGUAUGGCGCCAAUCCUGACCUGCGUGAUGAAGACAGCAAGACCCCGCUGGACAAGGCUCGUGAGAGAGGGGACGAGGGUCACAGGGAGGUCAUCCAGAUCCUGCAGUCUCCAGGUGAAUGGAUGGUACCAGUCAACCGAGAAGGAGCACAGGCCACAACAGAAGGAGAGAAGGAGAAAAAGGAAGAGAACAGUGAAUCGGAGAGAGUUGACUCGGCUGAGCCCAAGGGCGAUCCUGAGGUGGCACCACUAUAUGUGCAACGACUGCUGCCGGUCUUCACACAGGUGUUCCACAGUUCCAUGCUAGCCUCAGUCAGGAAAGCCAGUUUGUCUCUGAUCCGCAAAAUGCUCCAUUACAUGGGGGGCCCUCUGCUGGAUGAGAUGUGUGGGCCAGAGUUCACCUCCCCCAACUUUGCUUCAUCCCUCACUGAGGUCCUCGCCACCGUCCUGGACACAGAGGACGAUGAUGAUGGCCACUACACAGUACUGCAGAUCACACAGGACCUCAUGCAGAAGGGGCAGAGCACCUUCCUGGAACACUUUGCUCGCCUCGGACUGUUUGGCCGUGUCUUGGGACUGGCCGGUCCGCCGCCGGAGGAAGAUGAGGCCGUUGUGAAAGUGAAGGAUGAGAAGUUCUGCAUCAAGGAGGAGGAAGAGACAGUGGUGGAGGAUGCCAGGGAGAUUGUCCAGGGGAAACCGUAUCAUUGGCGAGACUGGUGCAUCGUGCGGGGCCGCGACUGCCUAUACCUGUGGAGUGAUGCUGCUGCCCUCGAACUCUCCAAUGGAAGUAAUGGCUGGUUCCGCUUUAUUCUGGACAGCAAGCUGGCCACCAUGUACUCCAGUGGCAGCCCAGAAGGGGGCUCUGACAGUUCAGAGAACCGUGGUGAGUUCCUAGAGAAGCUGCAGCGUGCACGGAGUCAGAUCAAGGCUGGCACCCCGAGCCAGCCCAUCAUGACCCAUCUGUGUACCACCCGGCUGGUGGUUGGCAACUGGGCUCUCACCUGCAAGAAGGAGGGCGAAGUCCAGAUCCACAACUCUGAUGGCCAACAGGCCACAAUAUUACGAGAAGAUCUUCCUGGAUUCAUCUUUGAGUCAAAUCGUGGCACCAAACAUUCGUUCACAGCGGAGACAUCACUAGGGCCGGAGUUUGCUGUUGGCUGGGGGGGCAAGAAGAGCAAGAAACUUAGAUCAAAAGUAGACGCCAUUAGAUCGAAGGUGAAGAGUUUAGCUCGAGAGUUGUAUGAGGAUUACUUCAAGGUGGCGGAGGCCACACCCAGGGGUGUUGUUGCUAAGCUGUGUGGGAUAGUUCAACAGUUGGAGUCUUCCUGUGCUAAACAGAUCAGUCAGAUCAAGUGUACAAAUGGAGAUGUAACAUGGCGGCAGGAGAUGCGUAGUGCACUGGAGGAGUUGGUGUCGCUGCUGAAGGAUGAACACACCAUUUCUUCCUUCGAACUGUACAGUAGUGGCCUUGUCCAGACGAUGCUCAAUGUCCUCAACAAUAAUAUGGAAGAUAUUCAAACGAAGGAGAGCAAGAAGAGGACUAAAGAUAGAAUAAACAUUUUCAAGACGGUCUUUCAUGAAAAAGAGAGACUAACUGAGGAUGGUGUUGCUCCAGCAAUCCAGUUGACAAGGAAACUCAUCUCUGCGCUGGAGUCAAUUGAGAAGCUGCCUGUGUUUACAUAUGAUCUGCCAGGAUCUGGGUAUGGGCUACAGAUAUUAACGAGGAGGCUCAGGUUCCGGCUGGAGAGGUCAACAGGGGAGACUACUCUGAUAGACAGAACUGGUCGUAGCCUGAAGAUGGAGCCACUGACCACUGUGUCGGACCUUGAGAGAUACCUGCUAAAAAUGGUUGCUAAGCAAUGGUAUGACUAUGAGCGAGUGACCUUCAACUUUGUGAAGAAGCUGAAGGAGAAUGAUGGCCCUAUUACGUUUGUCCACCAGCAUGACUUCGAUGAAAAUGGCCUCCUAUACUGGGUUGGCACCAAUGCAAGAACUGCUUAUGAAUGGGUGAACCCAGCUCAGUAUGGCCUGGUGGUGGUCACAUCGUCUGAGGGCCGCAAUCUGCCAUACGGCAAGCUGGAGGACAUCCUGUCUCGGGACAGCGCUGCCCUCAACUGCCACACCAAUGAUGACAAGAAGGCGUGGUUCGCCAUCGACCUGGGUGUGUGGAUCAUCCCCACAUGCUACACACUCCGUCAUGCCAGGGGAUAUGGAAAAUCGGCUCUGCGGAACUGGAACUACCAGAUGUCAAAGGAUGGAAUGACCUGGCAGACACUGUACCACCACACCGACGACUGCUCACUCAAUGAACCAGGGUCAACAGCCUCAUGGCCAGUGGAGGCUCCAAAGGAUGAGAAGCAGGGCUGGCGACACGUUCGUCUUCAUCAAACUGGGAAGAAUGCUAGUGGCCAAACUCAUUACCUGUCCCUGUCAGGCUUUGAGAUCUAUGGAACUGUCACUGGUGUCUGUGAUGAUAUAGGUAAGGCAGCCCGAGAAGCUGAGGCGAAUCUGCGCCGUCAACGGCGCAUCCUGCGGACCCAUGUGCUGAAGCAGAUGAUGCCAGGCGCGAGAGUGGUGCGGGGGAUGGACUGGAAGUGGCGGGACCAGGAUGGCAGUCCCCCAGGAGAGGGGCUCGUCACAGGGGAGCUACAUAAUGGUGAGGAGCGUGACAGCUGGGUGGAUGUUACAUGGGAUGCUGGUGGCUCCAACUCAUACAGGAUGGGAGCUGAGGGGAAGUUUGACCUUGCCCUUGCUCCUUCACAUGACCCAGACAAGCUGCGGUUCACCAAGGCCGAGCAGACUGCUACAGGUGUGGCCAAGAACAGAACGGUCGGGUCAUCGGUAUCUGACAAGGUCAAGGUGAGUGUGUUGACCAGCAGGAAGAGCAGUUCAACCCCGAGUCUGAGUGAGGUGUCCGAAGCUAAGGCGUCUGUGGCCAGCACAGAGCAGGCAUCUUCUGCGGAGAAUCUCACCUCCAGUAUGAAGGCUGUCAGGGAGGCUGCUGAGAAUGUUGCAGAGAGUAUGGUAAAUCGAGCCAGCUCGGAUGCUAUUGUCAUGGUGACAGUCGACCAGGCUGAUGAAUCUUCUGAUAGAACUCUGACAAAUGAUCCGGUGGUGGUGGUGCAUAGGGGUAGCGAAGACACGUCAGGCAACAGUGAGUGUGGGUUGAUGGACACAGCAUGUGAGAUGGAGGUGGCCCAGGAGCCAGUGCGGGGAGCCGUGGGGGGAGUGAAGGAGGUCCACCACCUUUCCAAUGCCAACCGAGAGAAGCAGGCAAAGAAUGAGGCAGCCAAGAAGGCAGAUUCCCAGACACGCAGCUCCCCUACAAACCUGAUGAGCGUCAGCGUUCCCAACCUACCCACCAGCAUGGAGCAGACAGCUAGCCUCCUUGACACGUUUGCUGCUGCGGCACGCCGCAAUCUCUCUGGAGGAAGUGGCAGCAACAUCGUCCGCAAUGCCAAUGCCAGCAGUCUGGUCCGACUGGCACUGUCCAAUUCUCCCAGCAAUCUCCUCAGUGCUGCCCAAAGCUACCCCAGCCUUACUUCCUCUGCGGGUCAGACGUCCAACACACUGACCACCACACAGACUAUGGCCAAUGUGACGUCACUCAGCCAGGCCCUCACUCGCAGCCUCACGUCCACCUCCAGUGAGAGUGAUAAUGAGUUCCUGGACAGCUGCCGGGCAACGACACUCCUGGCUGAACUAGAGGAUGACGAGGAGCUGCCGGAACCGGAUGAUGAUGAUGAUGAGAAUGAGGAUGAAAAUGAAGAUGACGAGGACUAUGAUGAUGUUUUGGAGGAAGAUGAGCUGGACACCCGUGAUAGACGGACUUGGGACGAUGAGUUUGUUCUCAAGCGUCAAUUCUCCGCUCUGAUUCCUGCUUUUGAUCCCCGCCCAGGGCGGACAAACGUCAACCAAACUCAGGACUUUGAGAUCCCUGCUCCUGGUGCUGUAGAUAAUGGAGCAGGGGAACAGAGGGAGAUGGUGGCUCAGCCCCGACUUGUGCUGGCUCUCCGAGCUCCCUGUCUACCAGGGAUGAACGACGAAGAGUUCUUGUUGGCUGAUGCUGGGUCUUGUGUCUUCAAAUACGUACAACACCUCCUGACACUAGGCUCUCAUGCCGGACGCAACGAGCGGCUGAAGAGGAUCUGGGAACCCACAUACACGAUCAUCUACAAGGAGCUGAAGGAGGAUGAGGAGAAAGACUCUGACAAGGGAAGCAAGACGUCCUCCCCAGUUGACAAGUUUGGGGUGCUGCGGCAGAGUCUGCUUGACUGGGAUCUGCCUCGCGCCGGUGACAUCACCAGCUGCACCGUCGACCAUGUCCUUAACCUGCUACAGCGACUGUUUGCCAUCACCAUGGAGCAGGCCACACCCAGUAAGAGGAAUGACAACAGCGAGGUUCAGUUAAACAUUCCAGCUGAUGAGUUUAUCAGCAAGAAGAUCACUAACAAGGUUGUGCAACAAAUUCAGGAUCCCCUGGUGCUAGCCAGUCACGCCUUGCCAGAGUGGUGUGAGCAUCUCACACGAUGGUGCCCCAUGCUGUUCCCCUUCGAGACGAGGCAGCUCUACUUCACCUGUACAGCAUUUGGCACCUCUAGAGCAAUCGUGUGGCUGCAGAACAAACGUGAUGCCAGUAUAGAGCGGAACCGUGGCCCGCUGCCUCGCAGAGAUGACGGCCAUGAGUUCCGUGUGGGGAGGCUGAAGCACGAGAGGAUCAAGGUUCCACGUGGGGAGCAGCUCCUGGAGUGGGCUAUGCAGGUCAUGAAGCACCACGGCAAGAGGAAGGCUGUGCUUGAGAUUGAGUUUGAGGGUGAAGAAGGAACUGGUCUAGGACCGACACUUGAGUUCUAUGCUCUGGUUGCCGCGGAGAUGCAGAGGAAGUCCCUGGGCCUGUGGUUGAGUGAUGAUGAUAUUGUCGAUACUUCAGAACGAGAGGUUGAUAUUGGUCAUGGUGUACGCCCGCCAGGCUAUUAUGUACAGAGAAUUGGGGGACUGUUCCCUGCUGCACUGCCUCAAGACAGUGCAGACAUGGAUCGAGUGGAAAGAAUCUUCUUUUUCCUGGGUACCCUCCUAGCCAAGUGUCUGCAGGACAACCGGCUGAUUGACCUGCCCCUGUCCCGCCCCUUCCUGAAGCUAAUGUGUAUGGGCGAGGUGGGGCACAACAUUGCCCAGCAGUAUCACGACCUCUCCCAGAAGGGCUACGGCAACAUGCUGGAGUCGUGGCACAGCGAGAGCAGCGACAUGAUCACCAGCAUCGAGGAGAUAGAGAAGGAGAUGAAGAUGGAACAACCCAAGUCUCGCCACAAUCUCCUCACACCCUGGUUUGCUGGCAUCCUGACAGAGGAGGACUUUGAGAUUGUCAACCCACACAGGGCAUCCUUCCUGAGGCAGCUGCGUGACCUGUCAGCAAAGAAGCAAAGGAUCCUGAAGGACAAGUCGCUGUCAGAGGACCAGAAGAACAUCCUUCUGGAGGAACUUGCCUUGCCUAACCCAGCUGACCCUUCCAUGGCAGUCAGACUAGAAGAUCUAGGCUUGACCUUCCAGUUCAACCCAUCCUCUAAGGUCUAUGGCUACACUGCGUAUGAUCUCAAGCACAAUGGAGAAAAUGAGGAUGUCUCACUGGAUAACAUCGAGGAGUACAUCGAGCUUGUCACCGACUUCUGCUUCAACAAUGGCAUCAGGAGGCAGAUGGAUGCAUUCAGAGCUGGGUUUAACUUGGUGUUCCCAAUGGAGAAGCUGCACUCCUUCAGCCCGACAGAGCUUGGCAGUCUGCUAUGUGGUGACCAGGCCCCCUGCUGGACCAGGGAGGACAUUAUUACAUACACCGAGCCCAAGCUGGGCUACACCCGUGAGAGCCCUGGCUUCCAGAGGUUGGUAAUCGUCCUGCUUGGACUAACAGCGGAUGAACGUAAAGCUUUCCUUCAGUUCACCACCGGCUGCUCCUCACUUCCACCAGGAGGCCUUGCUAACCUGCACCCCCGACUGACAGUUGUGCGCAAGGUCGAUGGCAACGACAGCAGCUACCCCUCUGUGAACACCUGCGUCCACUACCUGAAGCUCCCAGAGUACUCCUCUGAGUGCAUCCUCCGAGAAAGACUGUUGGAUGCCACCAAGGAGAAAGGCUUCCACUUAAACUAGACAACACAUGGAUCUCAUGGUGUUCCAUACACCAGGUUUACAGCGAGAUAACGCCUAUCUACACUCCUGCAAAUUCAAACCAGGAUUCAUCAUAAUAUUGUACACGUGAAAUGAUGAAGGGUGUUAUCAUCUUAGUGCCAAGGAGGACUAUUCAAGAAUUAAUGGGAAUGAUGCCCUAUUGCCUCUGCAUUUAUGAAGAGUUGAUCCAAGGGGCAUUACUGUGUUCAGCCAUCAUUUGAUGUGGGCUUUCAUACCAUUCACCUGUAGAGCAGAACUCUAUCGUGUUACAUCAGGCUAUCAGUAAAC